AUGGUUGUUUACGUCUUGGACAACUUCUACCUUUCCAUCACCUUCCUCAUCUCCCUCGGCUGGCAGCUACUCGGCUUCGCCAUUGCUUUCGGUCUUCAAAUUGACACCAUUACCGACUUCUGGUCCGCUGCCAACGCCAUCUUUCUUGCCAUCUUCACUCUCUGCUGCGGUGACCAGUACUACGCACGCAAUGUCAUCGCCAGCAUCUUUGUCAUUGCAUGGGGCGCUCGUCUGGGUGCUUUCCAGCUCUUCCGCAUGAUCAAGAUGGGCGGCGACUCGCGCUUUAACGAGAUGCGAUCCAAGCCCCUCAACUUCCUCGGCUUCUGGACCUUCCAACUCAUCUGGGUGUGGACGAUCACUAUGCCUGUCACCGUGCUCAACUCGCCCAACUCGAGCGACCCUGCAGAAGGUGGAGGCAACGCCCGUUUUGGUAACGGAAAAGAUGUUGUCGGUAUCAUCUUCUUUGCCGUCGGCUUCGUGUCGGAAGCGCUCGCAGACAUUCAGAAGUACAGGUUCAAGUCGGUCACCAAGCCUCCCAAGGGUGCCAUCACUGAUACUGGUAUCUGGAAGUACUCGCGACGGCCUAAUUACUUUGGCGAAAUCAUGCUUUGGUGGGGUGUCUGGCUGCUUGCUCUUGGGAACACCACCGAAGCGUCCCGACGAGGUCGCGAUGCACUAUACGGCUCCAUCUUUUCGCCUACCAUCACUAUGGCCCUCCUCCUCUUCCUCUCCGGUAUCCCGCUCGCAGAGAAGCCAACUCAGCAGAAGUAUUUCUUGAUGUCUCACGGUCCCGACAAGCAGGCAGAAAGCUUGGAACCAUGGCACGAUCAGACAGAGACCGACGCAUGGCACAGGAUGAAGGUUUUCCGAGAGCGUACAUCGCUUUUGAUACCUCUGCCCAACGGUCUGUACAAGAGGCUGCCAAGGUGGCUGAAGUCUACCGUACUCUUCGAUUUCCCCUUCUACAACUUCGACGAAGCUAAGGACGGCCACAAGGUCAUCCGCGAGGCUGAAGACAAGAGAAACAACGAGAACGCCUGA